GAAAGAUGGCGACCUACACGCAGGAGCACUAGUUUGGAGAACAACACACAACAUAUCAGGUUCCGUCGGGAUGUCCCGUCUGGCGGUGGUGACCGGGGGGUCCCGCGGCAUCGGGGCCGCCGUGGCCCGGCUCCUGGCCUCCAAGGGGUGCCGGGUGGCGGUGGUCUCCCGCGACCUGGACGCCGCCCGCGCCGCCGUGGCGUCGCUGGAAGGAGACGGACACGUGGCUCUGAGCUGCGAUGUGUCCCAGGAGCUCGAGGUGAAGGCCGCCUUCCAGGAGAUCCUCCAGUCCUGCGGAAAGAUCACGUACCUGGUGAACUCAGCCGGCAUCAACAGGGACGGCCUCCUCCUGCGUCAGAGGGCGUCAGACAUGCGCCCCCUGCUGGAGGUGAACCUGAUGGGCUCCAUGCUGACCUGCCGGGCCGCGCUGCCCAGCAUGCUGCGCUCUCCUGGGGCCGCCGUGCUCAACAUAGGCUCGGUGGUGGGUCUGAAGGGGCGGGCCGGUCAGUGCGUCUACGCGGCCAGUAAGGCGGGGCUGGAGGGCUUCACCCGCUCCCUGGCCAAGGAGGUGGGGGCCCGGGGGGUCAGGGUCAACAUGCUGCUCCCAGGCUUCAUCAGGACCUCCAUGACGGAGGCGCUCCAGGCCUCCCCCCAGCUCCUCCCCAUCCCCCUGGGCCGGGUGGGGGAGGUGGAGGAGGUGGCGCAGGCCGCACUCUUCCUGCUUCUCUCUCCCUACGUCACGGGCCAGGCGCUGCUGGUGGACGGGGGUGUGGGCCUGCACAUGUAGACCUGGACCGGGACAUGGAGCAGGACCGGGAGCCGGACCUGGACCGGGAC